AUGGUGACUGCAGUCAUGUUAUUUCUGGGCAUGUUCCCCAUCGUCUGUGAAGGCUACUUAUUGUCAGAUGCAACAGGUCGAAACUUCCGAUAUCAAAUAUGGCCUUAUACUAAUUGUAUAUUUGAGGAAGGAUGGUAUACUGCCACACCACAUGUGACCAGCACCCCCGACAUAAUUUCAGAAUUAAAGAUAACAAAAUACAAACGCCAGAAUUCGCGCAUGAAAAUAAAAGGCAAGUUUAUGUGGCAAGAGUGGGAAAACGAAUCUAUCGCACGGCUAGAGUUGGUUGAAGCUUAUAACUUACCGCUUCCAACUCGUAUAAAUUGA